GGUAGAUAUGCCCGAGCUCAGAGCGAAGUCCUGUAAGUAAAUAGCCGGCGUCUCGCCCCCUCCUCCUCCUCCUAGCUGCCCAGCCCCCACCCUGACAGGCCCACCCAGCUCUCCAGGAUGGUGGUGAUGGGAGCCCCCAAAGUGAUCUUCAUAUCGGGCAGCCAGUCCGAGCAGGGAGAGUGCCAGCCGGCAGCGCUCGGAGCCAUGAUGCUCCCAAUACACAGCCCGUCCAGCCCGGAGUCCGCCGCCGGUGAUCACCCACCGCGGAAGAGGCAGAGACUCACCCACCUGUCACCGGAGGAGAAGGCACUGAGAAGGAAACUGAAAAACAGAGUAGCCGCACAGACUGCCCGGGACAGGAAAAAAGCUAGAAUGGGUGAACUCGAGCAACAAGUGCUGGAUCUAGAAAUUGAGAAUGAGAAACUCCUAAUUGAAAAUAAGCUUUUACGAGAAAAAUCACACGGCCUAGUGGCUGAAAACCAGGAGCUACGACAGAGACUGGGCCUUGGUGCCCUGGAGGUUAAACAAGAAAAGGAAGAGUUAGAGGUUAUAACUCAGUCCAGACAAGAUGAGGUUAGGCCGGAGACCGGGUCCGCUGAGUCCGCAGCACUCAGACUACGUGCAUCUGCAGCAGGAGCAGGCCCAGAUGUCCCCGACCUUGACCAUGUCUACAUGGAUCCUGACAGCCCUAACUCUUCAGACUCUGAGUCUGAUAUGUUGCUGGGCAUCCUGGAAAGCCUUGACUCAGAAUUGUUGCUUACCAGUGAUGCAGCAAUGUCCUGGAGCCCACAAGAAGAGGUCGAAGGAGCAGAAUCCAAUUCCAUACCCACCUCCCCAUCUUCUCCUGUGGGGACCCCAUCAGCAAAGCUGGAGGCCAUUAAUGAACUGAUAAGAUUUGAUCAUGUCUACACAAAGCCCUUAAGUUCUGAGCAAGACUCUGAGCUGGGCAACGAAACCUGCAUAGUUAAAAUGGAGGAAGCAUCUUUUAGUCCUUCACACGUUGACCCCACCUAUGUGAAACCGGAGCCUCAAGAAGAUGACCCUGUCCCUGUCCCUGGAAUGCAAAGUUUAUUGUCAGCUCCUCAAGACAACCUGGAGCAACCAGUAAAAAUACUGGAUACAGAAAGUGACUCUGGGUAUGAAGGGUGUGCAUCACCCUUAAGUGAAUUAUCCUCCCCUUUAAACUCUGACCAAGUAUGGGAGGACUCUUUCACCAGUGAACUUUUUCCUCAACUUCUCAGUGUCCACAUGAACCAGUCUUGUUCCCCUUCAUCUCCUGACACAAGUCUGUAUUGGAAUCAGAAUACAGAGUUUGAAGAUGGACUAUUCCAACUCUAUAGUGGGAUUUUGAGCAAAUGAAAGCCAUUGACUUAUUCAUGCAACCAAAUAUUUCUUCCUGCUAUAUUAGACAAGCUGAAGUAUUGCUCAUUCCAGCUGUAUGUAGGAUGCACUUACAGUAUAGUUUCAAGUGCCUAAGGGGAGUCUUUAAAAGGUGUAGUAGGCAUACACGUCUCAAGUUGCUCAAAAACAAAACCUUCAAUUUAAGAUAAUUCUUAUAGGCAUACAAUCCAUUUUUAUUUCUUUAAAAAGAAUGUGUCCAUUGUAACUAAUUUCGUUAUAUUUUAUCUGGAAAUAUCCUUACACCCACAUGUAGUACUACAUACGGCAAGAAGCGUAAUAUUUUGGCUUCGCUUUCAUGUGACGUAAUGGUGUUUCAAGCAUGAACAUGCAUAGUUGAAGACAUUUCACUUGCUUCUGUAUGCAGUGUAACUGUGUCAAUUUCCUCAUCUUGUAUACAAAGGUCAGACUUUAACAAAGUAAUGUGGAUACCAUCAGUUAUUGUUUUCAUACCCAAUUUAGAAUGGAUAUGUUGUGAGUCUUUUUGGAAAUCGGGAAUCUGUAUGACCGAGGUAGGUUUAGAUCACCUUGUUUGGAGUAAAAUUAAAGUUCAUCUGUCAUGCAGUCCAUAAUGAAGGAUGGAGCAUGUAAAAUAAGGAACUGUAGCACAUGGAUAAAAUUACAGUAAGGAUUAACACAGGCUCAUUCAAAUUCUUUAAGUGCAGCUAUUUGCUGGCUCAUCACCUCCUGGAAUCAUUGGCGCCAUGUACAAAUCUUUCAUGCACUGGUUUACUUUAGAUGUAAAGGAACUGGGUGGACCUGUAAAACAAGAAUUGCCUACUUGUCUAUAUUUGACUUUCCCAGUAAUUUCUGAGCACUACAAAUUGCCUAAGGGUUUAGUCCCAGGUCAAUGCGGCCACUCCUAAUAAGCCUGAUCGAACCUGGUGGUACUUAGACAUAUGUUGCGUCAUAGGUUGUUCUGCCUAUAUACACCCUUUAAUUCGGCUCAUGAAGUGCGUGGAUGUAUUAUCUCCCAUACAAGUGCAUACAUCAUACAAUGGAGUUAAAGGGGUAAAUUACUGCACACCCAACCUAUUUAAUGAGAACAGGUUUUAAUCGUUAAUCACUGUAUUAAUAAAUGUGCCCAGGAUCCACACUCUUUAUUAUCUGGGUUUUAUUUAUACAUGUUGGGGUUAUAGAGACCUACUUGUCUUUAGUUGUGCUUGCCAAUAAUACCUCCAUUUGCAACUCUAUGUACCAGCUCAUAUACAACAAAAAAUGCAGAAGAUGAAUAUAAAAACAUGUGGGGGCUAUAAAAUGAAAUGCCUUUAGGUAUCUCUGAUUACAUUAUUUGUAUUUAUUUUUAUAUUAUACUAUAAUAGAAAAGGACUUUAAAUUAAACAUACAUUUUUACAGUAAUUGUAAUAGGCAUUAGCUUUUGACAUUGGGCUUUGCCUUGGCCCUUCCCAAUACAGAUCACUGGUGGAGGGAGUCUACAACUUGCAGAUAGUUCUUCAUAAAACUGUUCUAUGUGAAGAGUUUGAAAGGGAGCUACAAUUCCCACUUGACUAGUAACUUGUAUUUUAAUGUACCUGUUAAGGUACAAAUUUCCUGACACGCAUGAGAACUAUGAAACCCAUAUGCUGAAACAUAUGGGUACAUUGCUUUACAAUUUGGGUAAAUGCUUUGGAUUGUUAAAUUCGGCAGUGUACAGGAUCUUUCAACCCCGUUAUCUCAUGAAACCAUAAAAUUUACUGUGUAAAUUAAUGCAUUAACUGCCAGUGCUAUGACCAUUUCAUGAUUUAAUUUUAGAAGAUGCUUUCUCCAUUUUAUUUAAAUAAAAUAUCAAAAUCA